AUGAGGAGAAACCAGAGGGCGGCGGCUUUGGCGCGAAGAAGGCAAGCAGACCUCCUUGCGAACGUGAUGGAAAGAAGGAGGAUACGAAAGAUCAAAGACGACAUAACGGCGUUCUUCACGAGGGAAUAUAAUUUCAAAUACCUUCGACCAGUCGGUGGUACCGAAGGUAACCAUGGCGGCACUGGGCUCUUCUCGGAGUUCGACCCAAACACGUCUGUCGAGAAGCGAAAGUUGAUCGUCAAGUACUCCCUAGGGAUUUUGCCUAACAAGGAGGACAGUGACGCGCAUCUGAGAAACGAGGUCAAAUGGCUUGGCUACUUUGGGGGCAGUGAGCACUUCAUCGAGGCCUUGAACGUGCGACCGAAUAAUGCUGCGAGCGAUUCUGGCUCGGAUGGCAAGGAUGAUGGAAAGACAGCUGAUCCUGCGGCAAGAAACGAUCCGGUCGACGACAGCUUGAUAACAGACAUUUCGAUAAUGACUCUUGGAGAUGACAAAGAUGACGGCGAAGGCAAGGACAUUUCCAUGGAGGGUGCGGGGGGUCAGGACGAUAGCGACAGCGGGAGUGGCUCUGCUCUCCAAAUACCGGCCUUCAUACUUGAGUAUUUGCCGUUGGGGGAUCUCGACCAUCUUCGGGAGAGAAUGGUCAGAAAGGGAGGCCGAGUCCCUAGCAGGUUAUUAUGGCAAAUGAUGCUGUGCAUGGUGAGGAUGUGUAUAGGGCUGGCUUACUACGAGGAUAUGAAGAAUGGGAAGCGCGAGAGAAUCCCGCCCGGUAAAAACCCGUCUACUCUCGAGCAUAAUUCGCUGAAACCCCCGAACAUGCUACUAGCAGAUCUCGUGCCAGGGGAUAAUGAGCAUGGGCAGAACCCAUUACUAAAGCUCAUCGAUUUCGGUCGAACUGAUUUCUCGCAAGACCCGGCGUCGGCACACUAUCCGGACGGGCCGGGUGUUCAGUGGAAUCUGUUUUAUAUGGCCGCCGUUCUGGAGACGCUUGCCUGUAUACAAACAGAUCUAAACCCUGGUUGUAGUUGGAUCCCUCGCAGAAGAAUCCGCCAUAUGUUUGAUGGGCCGAGCCUUACCAUGAUGCUUACCAGGGCGCACGAUGACUGGGUUGACGAUAGGCACCUGGACCCGGUUCUUCGAAAUCUUAUCUGCCGAUGUAUGUCUGUCACCGACGACGGGUAUCUUUCGAGAUGUCCCACACUGAAAGAAGCACUGGACAUCUGCCUUUCCAGGCACAAUAUGGACGCUGAAACGAUGUUCCCUUUCCCUUCGGGUGUGCCGGGCUGGGAGACUGAUGAAGCCGUUGACCAGUACAUUGUCGAGACUGUCUUAGGCGUACCGGACUCAUCGGAUCCACCGCCAGCCGGACCUUGA